UAUCCCACUUGACCUAGUCACUAGAUUUUGAAAUUUUGCUAAACACACAUGGUAGUAGAUAGCAUUAGCUCAAUGGUAGAGUAGUAUGCUUUCAUGCUCGUAAUGAGCAUGUGUGACAGUCCUUUACAUCACACAGAAAAAAUAGCCUUUACACUUUUCAACCCAAAUAAAAACUUUUUGUACACAACAGAAGAAACAGCAUUUUCUGUUCGUGGUUCAAACAAAUGUUCAAAUCAUAUCUACGUCAAUGUUGACAUUUAAUGUUUGUUUUUGCUAAAUAAAAAACGUUGUCGGUAAUAUUUUGUUUAAGUGGGAAAUAAGCUACUAAGAUGAGUUACAUGCUGCGGAGUGACCCCAUGACGCAGUGCGACAUGUUCCUGCCGCCGGACGUUGCCUUUAUGGUACUUUCUAAUCUCGGCGAAAUGGAGUGCGUGCAGUUUACCGAUUUGAACGAAGAACUUAAUGCGUUCCAGCGCACAUACGUGCUAGAAAUAUGUCGGAUAGCCGAAAUUGAGCGAAAACUGCGCUACAUCAGCGACAAGAUGCGCGACGAUGCUAUUUACAUACCAAAAUUAAACGACAAUCCUCCUGCUCUUGAGCUCCAUGAAACAAAUACCUACGAGACCAUCAUUGAAAAAUGGGAAAGAAUUAUUGUUGAGAUGUCCUCAAGCGUGACAACGUUGAAUAAAACUUACGCAGAACUUAACGAAAUGUAUUACACAUUGUACAGCGUCUCGCUCAUGAUUGGCAAUGCGGACCUGCGCACAGCUAAUCUCGGGGCAAUCAGGAAAGCGGCGUGCGUUAAUUUUAGUACAGGUGGCAAAGUAAGCUCCCAUGCAGCUGAUGACAGCGGAGCUCGCCUCACGGUGAUCACCGGGCUUGUGCAGCGCAAGCGCUCGUACUGCUUCCAGCUUAUGGUGUGGCGGCUCUCGCACGGCUGCGCCUUCUACAAGCAGUCAGAUGAUGAUCAAAUAUUUAAAGAUCCCAUGAACAAUAGUGACGUCCGCAAGGUGGCUUUCCUAUUAGUCACUCAAGGAGAUGAGCUCGGUGCCCGUAUGAAGAAGGUGUGCGACGGGUUCCGGUGCGACCUGUACCCGCUCCCGCCCACCUCAUCGCAGAGGACGAAAGCCGAAACACAACUUCAAACGAAGAUUGUCGAUCUAUCUUUGGUUUUAAAAGAAACCAAAUUUCACCGUUGCAUGGUAAUGCGCACGAUGGCCAAGUCUUAUCCAACAUAUCUGUUGAGACUCAGAAAGGCAAAAGCAAUAUAUCAUGUUAUGAAUUUUUUUACCGUUGAUAUCACCAAGAAUUGUUUGAUUGGUCGAUGUUGGAUUCCAACCGCAGAUUUGGAGCGAGUACAAGGAGUAUUGGAUCAGAGUUCGGAGAAAUUGGCAACCUCUGUGCCUUGUUUUAUGUCCAAACUUACAACUUCUGAAACGCCUCCAACUUUUCAUCGAACCAAUCGAUUCACGUACGGCUUUCAAGCACUUAUUUCGGCUUAUGGUGAUUCUACUUACAGAGAAUUAAAUCCAGGUCUCUACACAAUAAUAACUUUCCCGUUUCUCUUCUCAUUGAUGUUUGGCGACAUGGGUCACGGGUUGAUCAUGCUCGCAGCUGCUGUGUGGAUGCUUGUUAAUGAAAAAAAAUUCAUGGCAGAAAGGUCUGACAGCGAGAUAUGGAAUAUCUUUUUUGGCGGUCGAUACAUAAUGCUGCUAAUGAGUUGUUUCAGCAUUUACGCUGGUUUUAUAUAUAACGACUGUUUUUCAAAAGCCUUCAAAAUAUUUCCUUCCGGUUGGACAGUUAAACAGUCUCUAGCCCAAUUGACUGAACAAGAGUCUUUUCUUUUGGAACCCGGAGACCACACUCACGCAUACGUUUUUGGAAAGGAUCCAUUUUGGGAAGUAAAUAUAUAUCGAACGCACUUAAAGGUGUUAUUAAAGUUCUUACGUUUUCAGUUGGCGAAGAACAAGAUCCUGUUCGAAAACUCACUAAAAAUGAAACUCUCUAUAAUUAUUGGAGUUACCCAUAUGAUAUUUGGAUUGAGUCUUAGUUUAUUUAAUUUUGUGUUUUUCAAACAGUAUAGAUAUAAGAUUUAUCUGCAGUUUAUACCUCAGAUACUGUUUUUGCUGUGCAUAUUCUUUUGGCUAGUCAUUUUAAUCUUCUUUAAGUGGUUCAAAUAUGGCGGUGCAUCUCGACGCUCACUAAAAUGUGUAUUCAUUAUUAAAGCCCCCAGUGUAAAGGAAUCGCAAGGCUGUGCUCCGUUGGUUCUCAUCCUAUUCAUCGACAUGGUUCUGAUGUCAACGUCCCAGCCCGUCGCGCCGGAGUGCGACCCCUAUAUGUUCAAUGGUCAGCAAACCGUACAGCAGGCGCUGUUGUUUGUGGCCGUCCUCUCUGUGCCGAUUAUGUUGUUCGGCCCGCCUUGCUACGCUGCGCAAGUUGCAAAAAAGAAAAGAAAGGCUUUAAUGAAAAAAAUACCUAACGAGGAGGACGAUCCAGUAGCAUAUGCGGCGUGGAAGCUUGAAAUGAAUGAAGCAUCCGAGACUUUUGGUGAUCUAAUGAUCCAUCAGGGCGUGGAAACCAUCGAGUUCGUUCUUAGCACGAUUUCGCACACUGCGUCGUACCUGCGGCUGUGGGCACUCUCGUUAGCACAUGCACAAUUAUCGGAAAUGCUUUGGAUUAUGAUUUUCUCAAAAAUGGCUCUUUCUGAUCAUACCAUAUUGGGAGCGUUUAAAAUUGUUGUCGUGUUUAUAAUUUGGGGGACGUUUACAAUAAACAUUCUUGUGCUAAUGGAGGGUUUGUCUGCGUUCCUACACACGCUGCGUUUGCAUUGGGUGGAGUUUAUGAGCAAGUUUUUCAUGGGCACUGGUAUUAUGUUCAAACCGUUUUCCUUUGAAGCGUUAUUUUCCGAGGCUGUUAAGGAUAAAACGGAAGUAUGUCCCGCUACCAAGACGUUUGAAUAUUAGGAGUAGUUAAAUAAUAAUAUUUUUUCUUGCAUCGCUAUCGGUUUUAACUGUUCCGGAAUUUAUUACUUUAAUAAAUUUGGUGAAAUUAUUACUUUUAACUUAUGUCAUAUUAUACUCUGUACAAAGUA